AUGAUUGCGUUAGACUUGUGUUUAUGUUUGGCAGAGGCGGAUGGAGAGUGCGAGAGCGACAGUGACUCCGGGAGCAACAGCAGCAACAGGAAGCAGCAGCAUGGCCAACAGCAGCAGCAACUGAUCAACAAAUUUGUCCCUUUCGGAGCCGGGGGACCGCUGCUGGCCCAGGCGAAGAUCUCGGACAGCCAGCAAGAUUUCUUCAUGAUGCUUGACGAGAAAAUUGAAAAUGGACCAGAUUACGACUCAGAGACGGAGGAAGUGGACCGUCGGCGUCGCCUGCAGGAGUACGCCGAGCAGUGGAUGGUCCUGACGCAGGGGAGGAUCCUCAGCCCCAACAACACCACCAUGCUGAGAGUUGCCCCAGUCAAAGCCGGGACAUCGUUCCCCGGCGACGACGCCAGCGGCUCCGGCGACCUGACGGAGGAGGACGAGGAGGAGGACGGCCUCAGCGAGCCGGAGCGCAUCCCCGACGAGGCCGUGCGCGAGCAGUACAUGUUCAUGGGCAACCUGUACACGCUGACGCACAUCCGCACGGACUCGGACAAGACGGAGCCCGUGGUGGACGUGGUGGCGGCGGAGCCCAGCGCGGAGGAGACGCAGGUGGAGCACAUCGAGCUGGACCACAAGCUCAAUGGCUCGGCCGUUCCCGAGGAGCCCGAGAACCUCCCGGAGGAGGAGCCUGGCGAGGAGGCGGACGGCAAGGCGCCCUCCUCCAGGCCAGCCUCAAGGCCGACGUCGAGACCCGCUUCCCUAAUCCUUAGGUCAGUCUUCCCCUCCGACGUCGCGCAGGAAUGACCCGGAGGAUGUCGAGGAACCUGAAGCAGGACUCCGCAGAGGGACGUCGAAGGGACCUGUCGUUUCAGAAUGCGUAGUACGUGAAAGGAAACGUUCUGUAACGUUCUGUCGCUGCCUUCUCUCAAAAGCGAGUGAAUACGUAUGGUUUGAUUUACUGUUGAUUUUCUUCCUUUUAUUUGAUCGAUUUGUGGCCCAUGCUCGUGUAAUUACGUAAGAUUACAGCAAGUAUGUCAGAUCACAUUGCCGGUCUAUAAAUACCUAGUGUUAAAGCCUGGCAAAAAAUACUUUCCAUGAAGCUCAUUGUUAUGCCACAGACACCGGACCACAAUGUAAAAAAAAAAGGACUAAAAACUUAUGGUAACCUGGUAGAGGCUUCGUUCGUGAUAUUCUAAGACAGACUGCAGAAUGAUACUGUGGCGUGACUGACGGGGAAAUUCUCCAAAUAAACAGGACCUCAGAA